GUAUUCUUUACUUUUUAUUUUUUCUUAUGGGAGAACCUUUAAAGCUUGAAUGGCCUGUACUUUUUGGAAAACUUGUUGAAGCAGUUACUGAUGUUGGUGCUGAUGAAGAAAUUAAUUUUUUGAUGUUAACUGAAAGCGAGAAAGAGAAUUCUGAUGAUUGGACUGAUAAUUUAUUUUGUGACUGUACAGCAAUGACUAUAAUCGAUAAAUUUGGAGAAAUGGUAGCUGUUGUCCCUUUACAUCAAAUAGCAUCGGUCGGUCUAUUACCCUCUAAAAAUAUUCUGUCAGUGAGAAUUGGAGAUGUCAAUAUAUCCAAAGAUUUGUUUGAUUUGUUAAUUAUUUAUGUUCCAAAUGAAGCAAUUGCUAAAGAAAUUUGUCAACAUUUUGUUAAUUGUUUUCAAUUUAUUUAUCGAGAAGCUAUUAGUGAAUUUGAAAAGGAGGUGGUGGAUGGAGAAGAUGUUUUUUUGGUGGAACAACAAAAUUUGGAUUUGGAAAAGAAAUUCCUCCCCGCAACAUUAAUUUCCUCAUCAUCAACAUCAGCAAGUUUGUGUUCUUCACCAAUUUCAAGUAUUUUUCAACAACAAUUUAAAACAACAACGUGUUUAAAAAUUGAAGAAGAAAAUUUAAAUAAAAAUAAUUAUUUAAAAACAAAUUCAACAACAACAACUUCAAGCCUUUCCUCUUCUUCUAAUUUAUCAACAAUAAAUAUUUGUGGUGGAAGUGGAAGUUAUGUUGAAUUAAUUAAUGAAUACUUAACUGAUGUGAGUUUUAGAGGUUUUUUUUAA